AUGGGGGAUAGUCAGUACUCGUUUUCUCUCACUACGUUCAGCCCUUCAGGGAAGUUGGUUCAGAUAGAACAUGCACUAACAGCUGUUGGAUCAGGCCAAACAUCUUUGGGAAUCAAAGCUUCAAAUGGAGUUGUCAUUGCAACAGAAAAGAAACUUCCCUCUAUUCUGGUUGAUGAAGCGUCUAUUCAGCAUUUGACUCCCAACAUUGGAGUUGUAUACAGUGGUAUGGGUCCUGAUUUCCGAGUUCUUGUGCGAAAGAGUAGGAAGCAAGCUGAGCAAUAUCUCCGAUUGUACAAAGAACCCAUACCUGUUACCCAACUUGUAAGGGAAACUGCUACGGUGAUGCAAGAGUUCACUCAAUCAGGUGGAGUUAGGCCGUUUGGAGUUUCUCUACUUGUAGCUGGGUAUGAUGACAAGGGUCCACAACUGUAUCAGGUGGAUCCAUCUGGCUCUUAUUUCUCAUGGAAAGCUUCGGCAAUGGGAAAGAAUGUUUCGAAUGCAAAGACAUUUCUUGAAAAGAGGUACACAGAAGACAUGGAACUUGAUGAUGCCAUUCACACGGCAAUAUUGACAUUGAAGGAAGGUUUCGAGGGAGAAAUCUCGAGCAAAAACAUUGAGAUUGGCAAAAUCGGCGCUGACAAAGUUUUCAGGGUACUAACACCUGCAGAAAUCGACGAUUACUUGGCUGAAGUCGAGUAA